AUGGAAGUGGACGACGCAGGCGGACAGACUCUUCAAGAGCCGAUAGAAAUUUCCAGCGAAUCGUCUCAAGACAGUCUGCCUUCGCCGAACAUUGAGCAUGUCAUGCGGCCCAAAUCGAUUCCUGAAAAUCAGCAGGAAGAGAACGACGAGUCCGUCGAAAACGACAUUGCCCAAGUAAAAAUCGACGAGCCACUACCUCCAAAAACCGAUGAAAAGCCGGCGAAAUCAGUUGGUGAACCUGCUAAGAAAAAGAAGAGAAAACGAGUUCCUCAAAGUUCAAACAAUAAUUCAGACGAAGAAGUUUCAAAAACACAAACUACCAUCACCGACCAUUUUAUGGUAAGCCCUAAAUCAGGAAAUGAAAACGAGAAGCCGAAAACGAGGGGCCGAAAAAAGUCUCGGAAGAAUUCCGACGAAGAUUUCUCCAUGGAUCCUUUCACAGAGUACGACAGAGACCCGAUUAUAAGUCUGAAAUCGGAUAACUCGAAAAAAGAACCUCGAAAAGAAAAAAAUCGGAGAGUUUUCCAAGAACUUCAGACACGCCAAUCUCGUCGGCUUCAGGAAAAAGAGCUCGAGAAAUACGAAAAUGUCCAGGAAGAAGUUGAAAUGGCCUUGACUGUAAUUGGUGAAGACAAGGAAGACUCGCAAGAACUCGGGGGCAAUAAGAAAGCCCCUGCUACGAGAAAAAUGAACGGUGGACUGACGAAUCUUGGGAACACCUGCUAUAUGAAUAGGGCUCUGUUUGCCCUUCCUGUCUUCAUCAGUUCCCUGCGCUGUUUCACCCAACAGGUCCGAGAAUCCCAACAAGAAAUCCUCCAGGACUCGCUACUAGAAGUGACUCAACAGCUGUUCGAAUCUGAAGAUCCAGAAGUUCGAGAAACGCUGAUCGCCAAGUUUCGCGAGAUCUUCAUUCGCAACCACAAUCAGUUUGAUAACAACGAUAUGCAGGAUGCCCACGAGUUCUUGAUUUCUCUAAUGGAGAGUCUAAGGCGCGAGAUUCAAGUGUACAGUUCUUGUGCUAAUUGCCCAAUCACCGAAAACUUCGAGAUCGAGCUGCUAAACGAGCGCACAUGCCGAAUCUGCAACGAAAAAUCGCACACAAGCGACAAAGAGCUGACACUGUCGAUGACAGUACCCGAGAAUAGGCAAACUGUGCAGAAUUGCAUCACGGAGCAAUUUACUUCCAGCGAGGUUGAGAAAAACUGCGUCAAGUGUGGGGAGAAUACGACGCAUGACAUCAAAACGAGAAUAUCUAAGAGUCCGAAAGUGAUGAUCAUUCAUUUCCAGCGACUCUUGACUGAGUGGAAUAGAGAAGAGAAUAGUAUUGUUUGCAAAAAAUCGUCGAACACAAUCGAUUUAUCCACCACCGUGAGUGUCAAAUACGUAGUCGACAAGAAAGCAAGAGAAAGCAAUGCUAAGCAUGUUCUCUCUCCAGGGGAACUUAUUGUGGCGAAGGAGGCGGUAGAGAAGUUACGAGUGAUUGAGACGAAAAAGACGGCUGUUGUUUCGUCGGGAAUAGGCGUUUCUGACGAUUUCUACAAAAAGAGACUUGGUGCUAGAGCUGUCAAACAACUUACAGAGGAGCAACAAAUCAAGUACGCAAUGGCUAGGUCUCUCGAAGACAGUGACGAGGAAGAGCCUCCGAAUGACGAGCCAAUGCUGGAGCCUUCUUCCAUCGAGUCAACAUCCUCGUACCUUCCCGCUGACAUAAACGAGCAGUUGAACGACAACGCCAAAAUAAAGAUCAAAGAGGAGCCGCUUUUAAACAUGAGUUACGGACUCGUCGCUACGAUUAAUCACCAUGGCAAAGAGGCAAACAGCGGACAUUACACAUCAGAUGUAUUAAACAUCUGCACACAGAGAUGGACCUCUUUCAGUGAUAAUCGAGUACGCACAAUCCAAGAAAAUACAGUACUAGGAAGGAGAAACCUCACCUACAUCCAGUUAUUUCUCGACAAAGAUGUCGCCUCACAGAUACAGCAAGUCGAAGACGAAUCGUCUUAG